AUGGAAAAUAAUCCGAAUAUUUCAGAAGUUGGUGGGGAAGAUGACGGGAAAUUGAGGUUUUUGAUAGAAGGGAAAAUGAUGGAAACACAAUAUCCAGUCGAUUUUAUUAAACCUUUAAAAGGUGAUAUAAAAGCAUUAGAUUUUUUAUUAUUUGACAUGUUAAAAAAUAACUUACCUCCAAAUUUGUACGAAAUAUUAUGUACAAUUCAUGAUUUAUCCGAAAAAUAUAGUGAAAAUCCAACUAAUGAAAAUUUUGAAUUAUUAAAAAACUGUGUAUAUAAUUUAAAAGAUGAAUAUCUUGGAACAAUUGUUAACGCCUUUGGUCAUAUGUGUGUAUUAUCAAACUUUGCUGAAUGGGCUCAUAGAGGAAGAAGAAGGAAAGCAUUUGAAAAAACUUUUAUUCCUAAUGAUAAAAUAUAUGGCGCUGUUUAUGAAACAUUAAGAGGAACAUUUAAUAUAUUAAUAAAUAACGGAAUAAAUAUAAAUGAUAUUUAUGACCAAAUAUGUAAUCAAACCAUUGAGUUUGUUUUAACUACACAUCCAACACAAGCUAUUAGAACCUCACUCUUAAAAAAUUAUAUACAGUUAGGGGAAUUGUUACUAAAACUUGAUAAUACAAAUAAAGAAUUAUAUAAAAAAAAAUUAUUGUGUGAUAACCUAAAAGCUUAUUUAUUAUCAUCUUGGAAAACAGAUGUAAUUAGAAGAAUCAAACCAACACCUAUCGAUGAAGCUAUAUCUUUACUAGAUAUAGUUGAAAAUUGUAUUUUUUACAGAAUACCAAACAUUAUUAGAUAUAUAGAUAAUGUAUUAUUAGAAUAUAAUAUGCCUCCUAUUAAAUUAAAAUCCAAAAUAUGUUUAUUUUCAUCUUGGGCAGGUGGAGAUAGAGAUGGAAAUCCAUUUGUUUUACCAGAAACGACACAAUAUGUUUGUUAUAUGAAUAAAAUAAGAGGUUGUGAAUUGUUUAUUCCUAUGAUUGAAAAACUAAUUAGAGAUUUGACAAUACAUCAAUGUACUGUUCAUUUUAAAAAUUAUGUUAAAAAUUUAGAACAUAAUAUAUCUGAUAUUAUUUUUGAUAAAGAUAAAUAUCGAUUAGGAAAAAAAUUUCAGUGGUUUUCUCCAUUUUCAAAAUACAAUAAAAAAGAAAUAUAUAGAAGAGUGCUUUUAAUUGUUCUAACAAAAUUAAAAAGUGUUGUAUAUGUAUAUAAAGCACUAAUAUCUGGGGAAUCUGUUGAUCCAGAUUUUAAAAAUUUAAUGUUUAAAAGUACAGAAGAAUUUGAAGAAAUUUUAUUAGAAUGUUAUAAAAGUCUUAUUGAAUCCGGAAAUGCAUUAAUUGCAGAAGGAUAUUUAAAAGAUGUUAUCAGAAAUGUUAAUAUAUUUGGGUUACAUCUUAUGAAGUUAGAUAUUAGACAAGAAUCAGAAAAACAUAUACAAGCAAUGAAUUAUAUAUGUGAAAAAUUAAAUAUAAAAAAAUAUGAAUUAUUAAAUGAAGAAGAAAGAAUAACAUUUUUAACAGAUAUACUCGAAUCAAAUAGACCUAUAAUACCAAACAACAUAGAACAAGAACCAGACGUACCUUCAGAUUUUUUAAAUAUUAUUAAAACUUUUGAUAUGUGUUCAAAAUUGGAAGAAAGUGCAUUAGGAGCUUAUAUUAUUUCAAUGUGUCAAAAUGCUUCCGAUAUUUUAUUAGUAGAGGUAUUUCAAACAAGUUUUAAAAAAAAUAUACACAGAAAAACACAACGUGUUGUACCAUUAUUAGAAACUAUACAAUCAUUACAAAUGUCAUCUACUAUCUUAGAAAAUUUAAUAAAAAAUAAAUGGUAUAGAAACCAUUUAAAAAAUAAUUUUGAUAAUAUUCAGGAAAUAAUGAUAGGAUAUUCUGAUUCAGGAAAAGAUGGUGGCCGAUUAACUUCUGCAUGGGAAUUAUUUAAAGCACAAGAAAAGCUAGUACAAAUCGGGGCAAAAUAUUUUAUAGAAAUUCGAUUUUUUCAUGGUCGAGGUGGUAGCGUUAGUCGAGGUGGUGGACCUCAACAUUUAGCAAUUUUAUCUCAGCCAAUUAAUACAAUAAAAAAUUAUAUAAGAAUAACUAUACAAGGAGAAGUUAUUACACAAGAUUUUGGAUUGAAAGGUAUGGCAUUAAGAUCUGUUGAAACAUAUAUUAGUGCACUUUUAAAAUGUUCUUUACUAAAAAAUAAAGUUUCAAUAAAACAAGAAUGGAGAGAUCUUAUGGAUGAUAUUAGUGAACUAACCACUAAAGAAUACAGAAAGAUUGUUUAUGAAAAUCCCGAUUUUGUUAAAUAUUUCCGAUUUGCAACUCCUGAAAUAGAAAUCGGAAAAUUAAAUUUAGGAUCAAGACCAUCAAAAAGAAAAAAAGGAAAUGUAGAAUCAUUAAGAGCUAUUCCUUGGGUUUUUUCAUGGACUCAAAAUAGAAUGCAUCUAUCUGUUUGGUUAGGAAUCGAAGAAAUAUAUCAAUACGUUAUGAAUAAUAAUAAAUUACAAAUUUUACAAGAUAUGUAUACAAAUUGGCCUUUUUGUACAAGCUUUUUUAAUUUAAUUAGUAUGGUUAUGGCUAAAGCUAGUAUAAAAAUAGCAGAAGAAUAUGAUAUUUUAGUUCCAAAUAAUUUAAAAUAUAUAGGAGUACAAUUACGUGAAAAACUGAAAAAAUCAAUGCAAUUGACUUUACUUGUUACCAAUGAACAAAACUUUUGUGAUAAUGAUCAAAUAACAAAAAGGUCUAUUGAAACUAGAACUAAAUGGGUUACUGUUUGUAAUUUAAUUCAAAUACAAGCUCUCAAACGGUUAAGAGACAAAGAAGGAAACACACAUCUUGAUCCUAAUAAUAUUAAUUUUUCUAAACAUGAUAAUAAUAUGACAUUAAAAGUAUCUAAAGAUAAGUCACUUUUAAAUCAAAUUUCAAUAAAAAAUGAAGAAAUAAAUAAAGAUGAUGAUAAUAAUAUAAAUGAUGGACGUACAAAUAAUUCCACAAAAAAAUAUGAUACUGAAUCUAUUUUAACAAAAUCAGGUUCAUAUGAUAAGCACGAAUAUUUAAAAGAUAACUCCUAUACAAAUAGUAGUAUUAUUAUUGAUUCACAUUUAAGUAGAAAAAAAAGUAAAUUAAUAAAAAAUCCGAAAUUCGAGCCUCUUUUAAAUUAUUCAUCUCCAUGUUUGCAUAGUGAUUUUGAAAAUUAUGGAUUUUAUGAUGAUUAUAUAGGGUUAGAACAUAAUAAAUAUGAUAAAAUUAUCUCAAAAACUGAUUAUUCUAAUUAUGAUGAAACUUCAAAAACAUACAUAGAUUAUAUUUCUAUUAACGAUGCUUUAAUUGUAUCUAUAAAGGCAAUUGCAGCGGGUAUGCAAAAUACCGGAUAA